GUGAAACAGAAGAAUCCAUUGUUGGGCACGGCAAUAAAGCUCCCCUCGCCUCGCCACCUUCUCUCGUUCCUCCUCCGCCCACUCCCCGCACCUGCAAGGCUUCGUCCAGUGGUCCAGAAAGAGCUCGUAGACGGCCCCGCAACCCGCGCCAGGUGAUCUCGGUCGCCACUCCCCGGCGCUCCAUACGCGACGCCAUGCUGGGCGGCGUGCUUGGCGGCGGCGGCCGCCAGCUAUACCAGCCCCUCCGCUGCGGCUUCUACGACGGCGCGGCCGGGUGUGGCGGCCUACCCGUCGACGGCCUCGCCGCCGCGCUCUCCGAGGAAGCCGCCGACGCCGUCCGCGUCUCCGCCGGCGGUAAGGCGGCGAAGAACGUGCUCAUCCUGAUGAGCGACACAGGCGGCGGCCACCGCGCCUCCGCUGAGGCCCUCCGCGACGCCUUCCUCAUCGAGUUCGGCGACGCCUACCAGGUGUUUGUGAGGGAUUUGGGGAAGGAGUACGGCGGCUGGCCGCUGAACGACAUGGAGCGAUCGUACAAGUUCAUGAUCCGCCACGUGCGCCUAUGGAAGGUGGCCUUCCACGGCACCUCUCCGCGAUGGGUGCACGGCAUGUACCUCGCCGCGCUCGCCUACUUCUACGCUAACGAGGUGGUGUCCGGGAUCAUGAAGUAUAAGCCGGACAUUAUCAUCAGCGUGCACCCGCUGAUGCAGCACAUACCGCUGUGGGUUCUCAAGUGGCAGAGCUUGCAGCCCAAGGUACCCUUCGUGACCGUCAUCACCGACCUCAACACCUGCCACCCGACAUGGUUCCACCACGGCGUGACAAGGUGCUACUGCCCCUCCGCCGAGGUGGCAAACAGGGCCCUGAUCCAAGGCCUCCAACUCUCCCAAGUCCGCGUCUUCGGGCUGCCGAUCAGGCCCUCCUUUUGCCGUGCCGUGCUCGAGAAGGAUGAGAUCAGGAAAGAACUUGAGUUGGCUCCUGAACUGCCUGCAGUUCUACUGAUGGGAGGCGGCGAGGGAAUUGGUCCGGUGGAGGAGACCGCGAGGGCGCUUGGCGAGGAGCUUUACGAUUACCGGAGAAGGCGCCCGAUGGGGCAGAUUGUGGUCAUUUGCGGCAGGAAUCAGGUGCUACGGUCCACCCUGCAGUCCCUGAGAUGGAAGGUCCCUGUCAAGAUAAGAGGGUUCGAAAAACAGAUGGAAAAGUGGAUGGGGGCCUGCGAUUGCAUCAUCACAAAGGCUGGUCCAGGCACAAUUGCAGAGGCAUUGAUAAGGGGACUUCCUAUUAUCCUGAACGACUUUAUCCCCGGACAGGAAGUUGGAAAUGUGCCUUAUGUCGUGGACAACGGUGCUGGUGUGUUCUCCAAGGACCCAAGGGAGGCUUCAAGACAGGUUGCCCGGUGGUUCAGCACAGAUGCGGAUGCCCUCCAGAGAUUCUCCCGUAAUGCGCUGCAGCUAGCACAACCUGAAGCCGUGUUUGACAUCGUCAAGGAUAUCCACAAGCUCCAGCAACAAUCCGCAGCGGUUACCCGGAUCCCCUACUCCUUGACCUCGUCAUUUUCGUACCAUAUAUGA